UCUUUUUUAAAAUUUCUUGAACUUUGUGGAAGCAACAACAUCUGUAGACACCAUCAUCACUCUACGUCCAUAUUUAGAGAUAAACUUGGAACGGUUGAAUUCAAGGAGCCAAAAGGGAAAAAGAUAAUCUGAUUAUUUAUUUAUAAACACACAGCAUAUAAUAUUUAUAAAAAAUGGCGAAAACAGUUAAACAAUAUCUCGAUUCUUCGACUGUUUGGUUGGCACUGUACUUUUUCCUCAACUUGGGUUUAACCAUAUACAACAAAGUGAUUAUGGCCAUGUUCAAAUUCCCUUUUCCUUGGGCUUUAACAGCUAUUCACACUUUAUGUGGCACGAUUGGCUCCUAUAUCUUUUGGAAGCUGGGCCUGUUCAAGCCUGCCAGUUUGGGCGAAAGAGAAAAUAUGGUCAUGUUGAUGUUUUCUGUUUUAUAUACCAUUAAUAUCGCUAUCAGUAAUGUCUCCUUAAACCUCGUCACUGUACCAUUUCAUCAAGUGGUUAGAGCAAUGACACCUGUAUUUACCGUCAUGUUGAAUGUUAUGUUUUUGAAAAAAUCCUAUUCUGGAAUGGUCUACAUUUCUUUGAUUCCUGUCAUUUUUGGUGUAGGAUUUGCUACGUUUGGUGAUUACAGUUAUACACCUAUGGGUUUCUUUUUGACUGUUUUGGGCACAGUUUUAGCUGCUGUCAAGACGGUCGUGACCAACCGUGUUCAGGUCGGUAGACUCAAGUUGCACCCUUUGGAUUUAUUGUUACGAAUGUCACCUUUAGCCUUCAUUCAAACCAUGUUUUAUUCUUAUGCUACGGGUGAGAUGGAACUAGUAAAGGAAUAUAUGUAUACCAACCUGGACACAUCUGCUUUCAGUGCCUUGUUGUUGAAUGGUAUCAUUGCUUUCUUUUUGAACGUGGUGUCUUUCACAGCAAACAAAAAGACCUCUGCAUUGACGAUGACUGUUGCUGGUAAUGUGAAGCAAGUCCUUUCUAUUGUUCUGGCCGUCAUUAUUUUCGAUCUUAGUAUUACAGCUACCAAUGGUGUUGGUAUCAUCUUGACUUUAUUAGGUGGUGCUUGGUAUAGUCAAGUACAAUUGGCCGAGAAUAGAAAGAAGGCUCAAUUAGCAGGUGGUGAUUCUUUGAUUGCUUCAGCUGCUGCUCACGAAAAAUCUGAAAGCGAAUUGUCGAGCAUCAAGACUCAAAAAUAGAAACCCACGUUAUAUCAUGUUAUCGUAGCUUACGUAAUGAAGGGCUACCCUAAACACUGCCUUUUCCAAAUCCCCCUAUUUUUUCCUACCGUAUAGAAGUGAUAUCCCAUAUCUUAUUUUUUUUUUUUUAAAUUAUAAUAUUAAAAACUACAUUCAUUCUUCAAAAGAUUUAUUC